UGAGCUUCUGAUCAUUCAAUAAAUAGGACAGGUCAUUAAUGCCAUUACCACCAUCUUUAUCUACUAGAUCUUCUUCUUCAUCUUAAUUCUGUUGAGUGAUCUUCAUUCUUGGUGGCUUCGUAAAUUAAAAUGCUUCGUUCAGUAUCCAGAGAAUUCAGGACAAUCGUGAAGCAUGCAAGAUCUUGUUCUUCUACUUCUGCUCAAAGUCAAAGGCUACAAGGUAAAGUAGCUCUAAUCACCGGAGCCGCUAGUGGACUUGGCAAGGCCACAGCCCACCAAUUCAUCCAACACGGAGCCCAGGUUAUAAUUGCUGACAUUAACUAUGACUUAGGCCAACAAGUUGCCGACGAAUUGGGCCCUAAGGCCCACUUUGUUCAAUGUGAUGUCACCGUAGAGGCCCAAGUAAAAGACGCCGUAGACAAUGCAAUUGCCCGUCAUGGUAAACUCGACAUAAUGUAUAACAAUGCGGGAAUUGUCGGACCGUCUGUUCCUCCGAGCAUUGCGGAUUUGAACCUCGAUGAGUUCAACAAGGUGAUGAAGAUCAAUGUCGGAGGCGUAAUCGCCGGCAUAAAACAUGCGGCCCGAGUGAUGAUACCGGCAGGCUACGGAUCCAUCCUAUGUACAGCCAGUAUAUGUGGGAUAAUGGGCGGGUUCGGCCCACAUCCAUACAAUAUAUCAAAAUUCACAAUACAUGGGAUAGUAAAGUCAGCAGCAAGUGAUCUAUGCAAAAAUGGAAUCCGAAUCAAUUGUAUAUCUCCUGGCCCGAUACCGACACCGAUGUCCGUGGGCCAAAUAGCCCAUUUCUAUCCUGGAUCUACAAGAGAGAAAAUAGUUGAAAUGAUGAAUGGGCUUGGAGAGUUAAAAGGAGCAAAGUGUGAAGAAAUUGAUGUGGCAAAAGCUGCAUUAUAUUUAGCAUCAGAUGAAGCAAAAUAUAUUACUGGUCAUAAUCUUGUGGUUGAUGGAGGGUUAACUUCCUUUAAAACUCUUAACAUGCCUAAUCCUAAUUAAAUUGUGUAGCAUUUCAGUUUAAUUAGUUUCUACUGUUUUUACCUAA